GAUUAUUUUUCACACGAUCCUCCCCUAUCUAAGAGCAUCAUAUUUAUGUGAAGGUAUGCGUACGCGCAUAACGAUAUGGAAGUCGGAUAAGCGCCUUUUGCUUUGCCCACUGCCGCGCCGUCUCGUGUGUCGCUAUGCAUUAGGAUAGGAGCCGUUCGGCGGUGGGUCAGCGCCUACUCCGCUUUGCGUGUGCUUCUUCUGGUUGGGUUCUAUGCGUGCCAUGUUUUGGUCGUCGUCUUCGGUGCUGUUCCGUUCUAUGCUUCGUGUACCGUGCAAAGGGCCGGCGGCGUGGGAAAAUACAAUCAAGUGGGAUGAAAGUCAAAUUUAUUAAAACAGACGGACAGACGGGGGUAGAGAGUGUAGAACAAGCAGCAUAGCGAAGCAGCCGAGCAGAUAGAUCGUGGGAACGGUUCUGGGCUGUGUUCUGUAUGAGCGACGACGGAUUGAGGUGGGGUGAAUAAAUUGUUAAUGAUAUCGAGGAUCGGUGGGAAAACAUGUGCGCAGAGGAAAGUGGGCUUGGAUCAAAUAGCUUCACACUCUGUGGACGCUUCGGGAUUUUGGGAUCGCGCAUUCGCAAUACGGAAGCGGACGGUGAUAGAUCGGGAUCAACGUGCUGCGUAGAAGUUUUGGAGUUUUAGUUUGAAGCAUAAAUCGAUACAGUAGUGAGUCGCGGUGUUGUGUGGAACUGAUAAGAAGUGUCUUAUGGGAUUAGGCUGAUUACUGAUUGUGCAUAAAAUAUGGAUCUACCGGGAAAGUCAGACCAUGGCAAUGAAGGCAGAGAGGCCGAGAGUUAUCUCAGAAGAAUUAAAGCGGAAAUAAGAAAGACGAAUAAACCUAUUAUGGAGAAGAAGCGCCGUGCAAGGAUUAACAACUAUCUAAACGAUCUGAAGGCUUUACUUUUAGACGCUAUGAAAAAGACGUACCCAAUUCGUCAUUCAAAACUAGAAAAAGCUGAUAUUUUGGAUCUGACUGUGAAACAUCUGCAGGAUUUGGAACGCCGUAAAUUGGCCGUUGCAAUGGCAGUCGACCCGACCGUGGCGGAUAAAUUCAAAAGUGGUUUCAAUGAGUGCAUCGAAGAAAUCGAUAAAUAUCUGAACACUGUUUCUAGUGUAGACGGUGGAAUGAAGCAACGAAUAUCGAACCAUCUCAAAACUUACUUGAAGUAUCAACGAUUUCCUCAGUCGGGCGUAGUGGGUCCAUUUGGGGGACUAUUCGGUCGCACUACAGAUGAGAUCAAUAACAACGGACGACUGCCGAUAGACGCUAUGUCUCUGAUCCCAUCUCUUCUGCCAAGUGGAGAACUGGCCUUCAUCAUGCCGCACAACAGCACCAAUGGAUUGCCGUUCUUCCCCAGGCUCCCUACGGGUCAAAGCCUUCCUCCACUGAAUUCUAACCACUUCAAACCGAUUCUGCAAGAGAAACAACCCUUCGCCCCAAGCCCACCAUUGAGUCCUGUUUCCGAUCAAGAGAGCGUGAAAGGAGAUCCCAAAAUCAGCACUCCGUUGGCCAAACUCAGAUCCGGCUUGGCUGAACACUUGAUGGCUGCCUUUCCUACUCCUCCGACACCGGAAGAAAAUGCACGAGCAUCUGCCUUCAUGCCGAACCGUAAGCUGAUCGACCGGAUACGGCUACAACGGGAGCUGAUGGAGAAAGCCGAACGAACGGAUGCCAAGCGCAGGAAAGUGGAUAAAGAAGUGGAGUACAGCGAUGAUGAUAGUGAUCUGGACGACGAUACGGAUGGAGGGAAAGAUAAUGCCGGGGGAGAUAUGUGGAGACCAUGGUAGAAGCGUACGGAAGAUUUUGUGAUGUUAGGAAAAUAUUUCCUGAGUAUAUCAUGAUUAGAACAUAUGAGCUUUAAAAUUUGAAGAGAGUUUCUUUGGAUUAUAUUGACAGCUUUAGUAGAUUAUAAGUUUAUUGUAGAUCAUAUGAA